AUGCUUGGACCAUAUAGUAAAGAGUUGAUGAUAGGCCUGGCUGUAGGCGCCAUCGUCCUCCCCACUGUCUUUUUUGCACUUAGACUAUGGGCAAGGCGCCUGAGACGCACGCGUCUAUCGGUAGAUGAUUGGUUGUGCUUCGGCGGACUGCUCGUUGGAUACACCUGCUGCUCUCUGCAGCUCUAUGGUGAGUUAUCAUCUCCUGAAUCAAGUACUAUACCUGCGAGGCCACGGCUAAGAGUUACCUACGUAGCUGCCGUCGACGGCGAACUAGGCCAGCAUCAGGCGUUGGGACCUAAUGGCCUACCUAUCCUCGACGACCCGAAGUUCCUGGUCUACGAAAGGACCAAACUUGCCGUGAAUGUCCUGAGUCCCAUCGGUUUCGGGCUCGUGAAAGUGUCGAUUGUUCUACUAUACGAGCGAAUAUUCCACAACAGUCGCCCUUUCCGAUACGCAGCGUUUGCCAUGACCGGCCUCCUUGCCGCGUGGGCUCUCUCCUUCUCCUUCGCCAAUCUGUUCAUCUGCUUUCCCGUCACGGCUCUUAUCGAGCCGUUCUACGGCAAGAAAUGCGUGGAUAGAGCGGCCGUCUUUCUCUCGACGCUCGUCACUGAUCUGAUCUUCGACGUUCUCAUUCUGGCCAUGCCUAUCCCCCUCGUCUUGCGGCUACAUCUGCCACGGAAGGAUAGGCUCGGAGUGCUUGGGAUGUUCCUACUUGGUGCAACGCAAGUGGCCGCCUCCCACCAUCCGAGAGAACGCCAGGCGCUAACAGACGUAUCCAGGGUUGUCGCCGUUAGUAUCGCUCGCCUUGUCCAGCUACUGGAGGUCAACUCACAAUACCUCUUCUUCUACUACGAUGAAACCUACUACACCUCGCCAGCCUUCUUCUGGGCCAACAUCGAACUGGCCAUUGCGGUGGUGUCGGCCUGUCUCCCAACGCUGAAACCCGUGUUGAACUUCCUCCUACCAUCACCUCCCAAGACGCAACAGAAGCCGACCGACUAUAUCAAUAUAUCCGAUCCACAACCUUCUUCACGUUCGCGCGGGUGGGAUAGUUACUCCAUUGAAGCAGACAAGAAUCUAAUACCGCUGGCUACAUUGGAGGAAGGAAGACGGGCUGAACCAGCCGGCCCCUAG